UCCAUGUGCUGGGAACAUGAGAAAUUGUAGUUUUGUGUUGUCUUUGCAAAAAAGAAAAGGAAAAGUUACCGAAAACAAAACAUAUUACAUGGAAGACAGUACAUAUACAGAGGACAUCAUACACAUGCAUGCGGAGGAAGGGUGUGGAGAGGAGUGCUUGUUUAGCAGACACCCCCUACACCGCUUUCCGUGCCAUGCACAAAAGAGUUAUGACACAAAAAGAAAAUUUACAUGUCUAGGAAGAAUCGGGGUUGCGUGUAUCAUUUGUAUGUGGUUCAUAUGCGAAAGCGUGGUGUUGACUUACCCAGCGUCCUUGUUGUCGUUUGUUGUGUAACUGGUAUCGUUGCUAGGAUUGCCCAUGGCGCCGCCCAUGGCAGUGCUAGGCAUCUCCGAGGGCUGUUGCUGAUAUUGCUGCGGCUGCUGCUGUUGCGGCAGCGACUGCGACUGCACAUCCGGCUCGGGCAUCUGCAGCGCCUGGCUGUCGUUAUACAGCCACUGGCUCUCUGUCUGGUACUGGUCGUACGCGUAGCCGUUCGCAUCGUCAUUGUAAAUGGCGUCGUCCGCCGCCUUGCUAGUGUCAGCCAUUGCUAAAAAUGUAUCUGCAGCUGGUGCGUGUAAACUGGAGAAGGGGGUGUUUGUCGAAUAGUCACUUGGAAAUCGGCGUCAAAAAGUGCUCAGAAAAGGGUGCCAAAAUUGAAAUUAGCUUGAGAAAAGAG